AUGAAGUCUCCUCCAUGCUGUCUGUCUCUCUCUUCCGGGGCAUCUGCAGAGGACCUGGACCACAGCACAUCCUUGGGCUCUUUGGAGUCCAGCGUCUUCUGUAGCGAGGAGGAGGCGACAUCCUUGCUGCAGCAAGUGACCCCGGCCUUGGACUGUAUCACCAUCAACGUAGGAGGAGCCCGCUUUGUGCUGUCCCAGCAAAAGCUGUGCUGCUACCCAGACACUCGUCUCGGCAAACUGGCAGUGGUGGUAUCAGCCACACGGGGUGCCGCCUCCAGCCUCCUGGAUCUUUGCGAUGAUGCCAACCUGGUGGAGAAUGAAUAUUUCUUCGAUCGGAGUUCUCAGGCGUUCCGUUACAUCCACAAUUAUUAUCAGACUGGUCGGCUGCACGUCAUGGAUCAGCUGUGUGCGCUUUCAUUUCUUCAGGAGAUCCAGUACUGGGGGCUGGAUGAGCUCAGCAUUGACGCUUGUUGCCGGGACAGGUACUUCAGGCGGAAGGAGUUGAGCGAAGUCUUAGAUAUCAAGAAAGAUGCUGAAGAACUAGAUGCCCAAGACGAGGAAGAGGACUUCUCUGGGAGCCUGUGUGCUGGUGUCAGGCAGAAGCUUUGGGAGGUGAUGGAAAAACCUGGUUCCUCUGUAGCUGCCCGGACUUUUGGCACCAUCUCCAUGGCCUUUGUGAUCAUUUCUAUCGCCAACAUGGCUCUGAUCUCAGUGGAACUGAGCUGGCUGCCAUCACAGCUCCUAGACAUCCUGGAGUAUGUGUGCAUUACCUGGUUCACAGGGGAGUUCGUCUUGCGCUUCAUGUGUGCAUGGAACAGGUGCCACUUCAUGAGGAAUGUAGCAAACAUCAUAGACCUUCUGGCCAUUUUACCCUUCUACAUCACGCUGCUGGUGGAGAGCUUGCGUGGUGGAGGGAGCUCCCAGGAACUGGAAAACAUGGGGCGCAUUGUGCAGGUGCUAAGGCUGCUGAGAGCUCUCCGCAUGUUGAAGUUGGGCAGGCAUUCCACAGGUUUGCGAUCUCUAGGGAUGACCAUCGCGCAGUGCUACGAAGAAGUUGGCAUGCUUCUGCUUUUCCUGUCUGUAGGGAUCUCUAUCUUUUCCACCAUGGAGUAUUUUGUUGAGCAAGGUGUCCAGGGCACAACAUUCACAAGCGUACCCUGUGCUUGGUGGUGGGCAACAACUUCCAUGACAACUGUUGGUUAUGGAGACAUCAGACCAGACACAGUGAUUGGCAAGAUAGUGGCGUUUGUAUGUAUACUGUCAGGAAUAUUGGUCUUGGCGUUGCCCAUAGCCAUCAUCAAUGACCGCUUUUCCGCCUGCUACUUUACUCUGAGGAUCAAGGAAGCUGCUCUCCGCCAACGCGAAGCCUUGAAGAAGCUGACAAAGAACAUGUCCAGCGACUCCACUAUCAACAUUAAUUUACGAGACAUAUAUGCACGGAGCGUCAUGGACUUGUUGAGACUCAAAAGCCGAGACAGAACGAGUACUAGGAGCAGUGGUGGAGAUGAGUUUUGGUUUUAA